AUGCGCCUGUAUCAGAGCAUGAUAAAUUACUUCCCUGAGGAAGUAUUGGAGCACGUGUUUGAUUUUCUGACUUCACAUCAGGACAGAAAUGCGGUUUCUCUGGUGUGCAAGUCAUGGUACAGUGUUGAAAGAUUCAGCCGGGAGAAGGUCUUCAUCGGCAACUGCUACGCCGUCAGUCCCGAGCGGCUGAUCGCUAGAUUCCCUAGGUUAAGGUCCUUGGCUCUCAAGGGGAAGCCCCAUUUUGCGGACUUCAAUCUGGUGCCCCAUGAUUGGGGCGGGUAUGUGUACCCUUGGAUUGAUGCCAUGGUUAGGAGAGGAAUUAAUCUGGAGGAGCUGAGGUUGAAGAGGAUGGUGGUGUCUGACGAGAGCCUGGAGCUGCUAGCAAGGUCUUUCCCCAAUUUCAAGUCUUUGGUGUUGGUCAGCUGUGAAGGUUUCACAACUGAUGGCCUUGCUGCCAUUGCAUCAAAUUGCAGGUUUCUUAGGGAGCUGGACUUGCAGGAAAAUGAAGUUGACGACCGCAAGGGCCAGUGGCUCAGCUGUUUCCCAGAGACCUGCACCUCUCUCGUCUCAUUGAAUUUCGCGUGCCUUAAAGGAGAAGUCAAUGUGGCGGCCCUUGAGAGGUUGGUGGCAAGAUGCCCUAACCUCAGAAGCCUGAGGCUGAACCAGUCGGUUCCUCUGGAUGCCCUUCCGAGGAUACUAGUGAAAGCACCUCAUCUGAAUGAUCUAGGAACGGGUUCUUUCGUCCAGGAUCCUGAUUCAGAUGCUUGUAACAAGCUGCGAAACGUCCUUCAAAAGUACACAUCCAUAAGAAGCCUUUCAGGAUUUCUGGACGUCAACCCCCGCUGCCUGCCUACUAUAUACCCAAUCUGCACGAAUCUGACUUCUCUGAACUUAAGCUAUGCUCCUGGAAUCUACAGCAACGAGCUAAUAAAGCUUGUCUGCUACUGCAAGAAUAUAGAGCGUCUAUGGAUUCUGGACACAAUUGGAGAUAAAGGGCUAGGGAUCGUGGGGUCCACUUGCAAAGAGCUGCAGGAGCUAAGAGUUUUCCCGUCCGACCUGUAUGGUGUGGGGAAUGCUGGUGUUACCGAGGAGGGACUUGUUGCAAUCUCGGCCGGGUGCCUGAAGCUCAACUCGCUGCUCUACUUCUGCCAGCAGAUGACUAAUGCUGCCCUAAAAACGGUGGCCAAGAACUGCCCAAACUUCAUCCGCUUCCGACUCUGCACCCUCAACCCGACCGUACCAGAUGCCAACACUGGCAUGCCGCUCGACGAGGGCUUUGGGGAAAUCGUCCGCUCGUGCCGAGACCUGAGGCGCCUGUCUGUCUCUGGCCUGCUUACUGACCAGGUAUUUUUCUACAUAGGGACACACGGAGAGAAACUGGAGAUGUUGUCUGUGGCAUUUGCUGGGGACAGUGAUAAAGGUAUGAUGUAUGUGCUUAGUGGGUGCAAGAAGCUGAGGAAGCUUGAAAUUAGGGAUAGCCCGUUUGGGGAUGGUGCACUGCUGGCGGACGUGGGGAAGUACGAGACAAUGCGAUCCCUUUGGAUGUCGUCGUGUGAGGUGACGCUUGGGGCUUGCAGGGUUCUCGCUGGAAGGAUGCCGGGGCUCAAUGUGGAGAUCAUCAACGAUGGCGGGGCCCAGUUUGGAGAUGGCGAGGCAAAUAAACGAAAAGUGGAGAAGAUGUACUUGUACCGGACACUGGUGGGCCCACGUGGGGAUGCGCCGGAGUUUGUUUGGACACUGUAG